GUCGGGUCGGUGCCCGCCGCUGGACUUAUUUCGACGGCCCCGUCCUCGGCUUUGAGCGUCCGCCCUGUCUCCAUCUCGUCGCCGCCGACCAUCCUCGAGCUGCGCCGUCGUCCACUGCUGUUUGGCCCAAAUCACCCCCCCCCCAGCAGCCCCUCUGUAUACUGGACCGUAGCCCAUCCCUCGCCUCUGCAUCUUCCGUCGCCGGCAAGGCUGCAGCUCCAUGUCUGACCCCGCUACCACCACCACGCCGCUCCUGAAGGACGAUGCUGUCCAGGCGCCUCCAGCGCCAGCACUGACUGCCUUCCAGAAGGUCUCGCUGGGCUCCCUGCCCCUGUCCGUGCCCCUGCCCGAUGCCGAGCAGCUCAAGGCCCACUUGACAAAGUUCCUCUCCGACGGCUCUGACCCGCUCGACCCGUACCACUCGUACAUCGAGCGCCUGCUCAAGUGGGACUCGCUCCGAGCCGGCAGCUAUUUCGUCGCCGGUUUCUUGGGCGCUUUCUUCCUGGCUCAGAAGCGCUUCUUUACCUUUGCCAUCGUGGCCUUCCUCUUCUGUUUCGUGGCCUUCUUUUUCAUCCGCAACUUGGCCAAGCUUCGCCAAAAGAUCUCGGCUGAACUGGUCCGAAAGGCUGGAACUAAAACGCUCGCCGAAUCGAGUGAGUCUGCCGAGUGGCUCAAUGUGUGGCUCGAGAAGUUCUGGACCCAGUUCGAGCCUGGGCUUUCCAAGACCAUCAUGGACAGCGUCAACGGCGUCCUGUCUAGCUUCAAGCCGGCGUUCCUGGACGACCUUAGUCUCAGCGAGUUCACUCUUGGCUCCCAGCCCAUCCACAUCAACUUUGUCAAGAUCCAUCCUGCUCCGAGCCCCGACGUCAUGAUCAUGGACAUGGACGUGGAGUUCACCCCGUACGACGAGGAAAGCCUGCCAAACUCCGAUCAGACCCAAAAGAAAGCAUCCCGAGUGGCCUUGAUUGCUCGCAUGGGCCGAAACAUUGCAUCCGCCCCUAUUCCUGUCUUGGUCAAGGACAUUUCGUUUUCUGGCACGAUGCGGUGCGAGCUUACCUUCUAUCCGGUGUUCCCUCAUAUCAAGCAAAUCGAUGCCAGCUUCUAUAAACCCCCCAAGAUCGACUUUAACCUAAAGCCCUUGUCGGCCCUCAACGUCAUGGACGUUCCGGGCUUCAAGACGCACAUCAUCAGCAUGGUCCACGCAUCAAUCAAAGACAUGCUCAUUGCGCCCAACAAGUACACCGUCGACAUGACGGCUGAAGCCAUUGAGUCGCCCCUUGGCGUUUUGAAGGUCACUGUCUUCCAGGCUCGCUCGCUGAAGAACACCGAGCUUCUCAAGAAGAGCGAUCCCUAUGCCAACAUUUUGCUCGGGUCCAACGUUGUUGCCAAGACAGUUCCGAUCGAGAACAGCGUGGACCCGCUCUGGAAUGAAACCCACUUUGUGCCCGUGUACAAGUCCACCUUUGCGCAGCUUGCCGGCGGCUCGGACGAGCUCAAGAUUGAAAUCAGAGACGACGAUACCACGGUCGGCAAGGACGGGCUCAUGGGCAUCAUGGAGCCUCUCAAGCUCUCCAAGUGGCUUACGCUUCUGUCCUUGCCCAAGAGCAGCGAUCCCUUGAAGAAGCGUCCUUGGGAGGAUCUUGAGAUCUCCGAGGCGGAGCGCAGCGAGCUUGAAGGCACCUGGGGUUCCCCCGAGGAAACCAACCCUACCUGGAGGCCCCUGGUCAUCAAGUCUGGCAAGGCCCUCAAGCAGACCAACUCGCAGAUUCAGGUCGAGAUCAGCUUCCUCCCGGCCGCCGAGAAACCAUCCAAUGCCAUCGAGGCCGCCAGAAUGCUCAAGGACACGCACUCGGGCAUUUUGCAGAUCUGCUUCCAUGGCGCCAAAGAUCUCAAGACCGGCACGUCCCUGACCACCAACCCGUACCUGGUCCUGACUCAUUCCGACACUCACUCCCGCGCCCACUCCACCCCGGUCAGAAAGCGUACCUCAAACCCUGUUUGGGAAAACACAUUCACGAGUUUCAUCAAGGAUUACCGCAAGAUCAAGUACGUUGCAACCAUCUACAACUCGAUGGAUCUGCUCGUCGACGCCAAGCUUGGCGAUCUGACGAUCGAUCUGAACGAUGUGAUCUCCAAGGAAUCCUUGAACGGAACGUGGAUGCCGCUCUACAACACCACCACGGGUCAAGUCCGAAUCACGGUCAAGUUCAUCCGCAUUCCCAUCGUUGGCGCAGCUGCAGCACCAAAGCCGUCCAAGCCUCCUCUCGGCUCGUUGGCCGUCAAGGUGCAGUCAGCCAAGGGCCUCAAGAACGUGGAUGGCCCCUUGGACAAGUCGGAUCCCUAUGUUGUGCUUGACGUUCAGCACCGAACCUUUGGCCGCACGCGUGUGAUCGAGGACACCCUUGCGCCGGAGUGGAACGAGUCGUUUGAGGGCGGUGUCUUCUACCAAGAAUCGGAUGUGUUGACCCUGACUCUUACCGACUGGAACCCUGAUGGAAGCACCAAGCCACUGGGCUCGCUGGAUCUCCCAGUUUCGACCAUGUUUGGUGACAGCCGCACCUCUGACUAUGUCAAGCGUGCCCUCAAUGAUGGCCUCCUGAUCGAAAAAAUCAACGAUUCUGCUGUUGCCAUCACCGCCCCGAUCUACCUCGUUGGAAAGCGAGACAUGAGCCACGAGGGAACGAUCAAGUUUGAAGUUUCGCGUCGUGAUGUCGUCAAGGACAAGCUCGUGGGGUAUGAGCAAAUCGCGGCAGCUGAGGCCACGGCUGCGCCGCCCGUAGAUACGGUGCCGACAGAGUCCAGCGAUGCCAGCGCCACUCUCGCCGAAGCCCCGAAGGCGUCUGUCGAUCCCAUCCAGUCCAUCCUGGACAACAACAAGUCUGGCGUGGUGCAUUUCCGGGUUGUCAACUCUGAAAACGUGAACGCUACGCAUACCUACUUUGAGAUCUAUCGCGGAAAGCGACGCCUGUUCAGUUCCCUCACUCAGGCUGACGCCGAGGCAACCUGGGAUCAGGCCGUCGACUUUAUCGUCUCCGAUAUCGACACGGAUGUCGUCGACAUUCUCCUCAAGGUCCAGGGCAAGGAGUUCCAGGACGACGACGACGUCACCAUUGGCCAAUGGAGCAAUCCACUGCGAUCCAUCAUCGGCACUCGCACCAAGAUUGACCUGGGCGACGGCCAGCUCCUCAACGUGGGCUCCAAGUUUGCGGCCUUGACAGAAUCGUCUGUUGCCGUCGAGGUUGACUACGGCACCCCCGAUGCCCGACAGCGCCGCCGCAUCGUCCGUGGACCGACUCUUGGAAACCUCAAGAAGGUUGGCACCGGUCUCGGUCAGGGCGUGAGCCAGAUCGGACAGGGUGUCACCUCGGGUAUCGGUCAGAUCGGACAGGGUGUCACCUCGGGUAUCGGCCAGAUCGGCCAUGGCGUCACCUCGGGCAUCGGCCAGAUUGGUCAUGGCGUCACCUCGGGUAUCGGCAAGCUCGGAAAAGUCCUCACCCGCACUGGAACCUCGGGCAACCUCCUUGAGGGUGUCGAGUCGGGCGGGCUCUCCAGGUCCGUCGCUGCGCCAAAGCAGUCUGGAUCUACCGAUGCCCUGUCGUCGGAUAGCGGCCUGGUUUCCGGCACGCUUUAUAUCACCUACAAGAAUGGCAUCGAUCUGCCCUCGGUGGACUUGAACGGCAAGUCCGACCCCUUCAUCCGCACCUUCGUCGACGACAAGAAGAUCCACACCACCGCCACCCACAAGAAGAACCUCAACCCCGAGUUCAACGAAGCCUGUGCGCCCCCGCCCGCCGUCGUCUUUGGCCAGUCCAAGGUCCGCAUCGAAAUCUGGGACGAAUCGCCCAUGCACAUGACCGACAAGCUCCUGGGAACAGUCCAGCUGCCAUGGAAGAAGCUGGAGGGCCAAGGCGGCAAGAUCGUCGAGCUUGUGGAGGAUCUGAGCGGCAAGCACAACUGCGGCCGCCUGCGAUUCGAGGCCAAGUUUGUCGCAAAGGAAAACUAG